CUUCGAAAGUCAACCACUUUCAGGUGUCCUGGGAAGCCGUUCCUACCUCAACAACAACAAUGCCCUCAACAGUAGCCCACGCCCUAACCUCCUUCGCCCUCGGCCUCUCCCUCCACAUCGCAACCCGCGCCGCAUUCUCCCCGCUCCGCAUCUUCCUCCUCGUCCUCCACUCCACAAACGGGCCCGACAUCGGCUCCCUGGUGGAAUUCCUCCUAUCCCCCCUCCUCCCCUCCCUCGGCACAUUCAUCAUGCAGAUCGUGCACCAUCCGAUCGGGUACCCGCUCACGAUGGGAUGGUUGUCGGCGCAUGUGGGGGUGUGGCUGGACGCGAGGGAGAUUCGAUGGGUGCGGGGGGAUGGUGGUGCGGAUGUAGGAGAGUGGCGCGGGUUGCGGAACCUACGCGUUGUACGGUGUGAUGGGGUCGGGGAUGAGCGGCAUGAGGCGGUGGCUGGUGAGGAGGACGAUCAAACCGACGAAGCAUCACACUCCCUCGCCACAGACAUCGAAUCCCCCACCUCCCUACCACCUCCGCACCCCCGCGCACCGCUCACCCUCCCGCAAUCCCUCGCCCUAACCGUCGCGGGCUCCCUCCUCCACUUCCGCCUCGACACCCUCUACGAGGACGCCGGCGAGACCCCGCUCUACCGCUGGAUCAUCUCGACGGGCUACUGGGGCCCGGGCGCCAACGACGUCAUCUACACCUCCGUGUCGAUCGCGUUCGUCGCGGCCUUGUCGAGUCUACUCGGCACCCUCGUGGUGGUGUAUUCCCCCACGUUACGGAACGCGCUGCCCGGUGCGAUCCCCCUGCUAUCCCCACCCACGCGGCUGACACUCCGGAAGGGGCUGGCGACACCGAAAGGCCGGGCCACGCUCUGCGCCGGCGUAGCCCUCCUCGUCGCAACCACGUAUUGGCUGUUCGUUGCGUACAGGCUGUACCUCACCCCGCCACGGGCGGACGGGACACGCGUGCCGGCGGUGGGCGAGGAGGCGGAUUUUGGGGUGAUUGGGUUUGAGGCGGUGACGGGUGUGGCGCCCCUGGCGUUGGCGUUGUGGAGUUGUGGGGUGGAGUUGAUUUGAGUUGGGGCGAUUCCGUGUGGAUGCUGCACGGCUGGGUUUUUUUUUUUGGGGCGGCGGUUUUUGGAUCGGGAACAGGGACGGUGGGCGUGGCUGGACCAUGCCGAGAGGCGCUGGAGCAUAUACAUAUACACAAUAGACACGACGCAAACUCCAUCACACAGUACAUUCACGUC